CGUGCUUUCUCUGGUGCACCUGUCGUUAGGUCUGAUAAGCUAUUUUUGCACCGCGACACACCGGAGAACAACGACACGAUCGCAUUCGAGUUCACGCCUGAGAACCUCAACCGCGCAAAGGAGAUUAUGAAAAAGUACCCGCCGCAAUACAAGAAGGCGGCUACUAUCCCCCUGCUUGAUCUGGCGCAGAGACAGAACGGCUGGACAUCCAUCGCAACAAUGAACUACGUCGCCAAACUCCUCGAAGUCCCCCCGAUGCGCGUCUACGAAGUUGCCACGUUCUACACCAUGUUCAACCGCGAACCCACCGGCAAGUACUUCCUCCAGCUCUGCACCACCACCCCGUGCCAGCUCUGCGGCUCCGACAAGAUCCUCGACACAAUCGAGAAACAUCUGGGCAUCAAGGCGGGGCAGACUACCCCCGAUAAGCUGUUCACGCUUGUUGAGGUUGAGUGCGCGGGCGCGUGUGUGAACGCGCCGGUUUUGGCUGUUAAUGAUGAUUACUACGAGGACCUCACAUCCGAAGCAACUAUCAAGAUCCUCGACGACCUCAAGCGCGGCACCUACCCCAAGCCAGGACCCGUCUCGGGCCGCCAGAACUGUGAGCCCCAUGGCGGACUCACUUCCCUUACCUCCGAGCCCACUGGACCUGGAUUCAGGAUCAGGGCGGAUCUGUAG